GAUUCGUCCUGUUUGGCAAGCUUGCUCGGUUAAAGAUGAGUGCCGAAAAGGUGGAAACUUCAAUGUCAAUCAGUGAACGUAAGUCGGUAAAUGAAAGUAAAGAUGCUUCGAGUUUGUCGGAAUUAUUCGACAGUGCAUUUGCACUAUUUAACGAGAUCAACAAGACGAAUGAAGCCACAAACAGCCCUAAAGUGCAGUCGGACGUCAAGCGUGCUAUGAACAUGUUCGAGGAUGUAACAAAAUUGGUAUCUAUAGUGGAUAUGUUCAGUGGAAAUGAGACUUUUGAUGAAGUUUCUACAGAGAACGUCAAGUAUUUUCUGCUGCCAGCUUUUCUUGGUACCCUGACUCUUAAGAUAUGUGCCAUUGAAGAUCGAAUGCAUAUCGUGCGGGUGGCAGAGAUUUAUUUUCUAGAUUUUCUAAAGAGAUUGAAAACUUACGGAGUGAUCGAUAUUAAUAUCCCUGAAACAUCUAAAGAUAACUACGAUGACGAAGAUAUUUGUGCCGGGACCAAAUCAAAUGCUGAAAUGAUUGUUCAAAUGGUAUCUACAAGAAAUGCAAAAUUAGAGCAUUAUCGAGAGAAAAAAGAACUGGAAGAUCGUUUAAACGUUUUGGAGAAGAAUUUCAGUAAUCUCAAUAUCGACGAUGAAGCAAAAAGAGAAUACUUUGUAACGCUAUUGAAAGUGUACGUGAAUCAAGCAAUAGAUGAAAUUGCUUCCAUCGCUGCAGAGAAGCCACUCUUAGAACAUAUGAAGAGAGUAGGACAUGCAAGUUCUAUGGCCUCACAAAAUUCUUCUAAAGUUAAAUCAUCCGUAGCUCCAUUGAAGCCGAUAAUUAUCACUCGAGAUGUAGUGCAAAAGAAGGUAUACGGUGCAGGAUAUCCUAGUCUUCCAGUCAUGACGGUACAAGAGUUUUACGACAAGAGGGUACAGGAAGGAGACUGGCCCGAUCCAUCGCAGCGUAAUCAAUUUAAUGGAAGAAGUCUGCAAGAUCAAGGAAAUAGCAGUACCGAUAGUAGAUCUCAAGACGAUAUAGAAAAUGAAGAAACGGAACGUAAGAUCGAAUCCGACGAUCCUGAAUUACUUGAACGUAAACGUGCCAUGGACGAAUAUAAAGAUACACACAGGCGCGGCUGGGGUAAUCGUGCAAACAGAAGUUAAACCAUAGAAUUGACAUUCAAUAUUGCAAAUUAUAUAAAGCAAUCAAAUUAUAUCGAUUUAUUAAAGAAACGUAGAGGCACGUUUUAUACACUGAUCGAUGUUACACGUAGACCAGGUUCAUCUUGUUUUCCACAUAGACGUAAACAGUAAUUUCAGUUCUAGUACCCUUUUCAUUUGAUAAUUAAAUCAUUCUAAUAUGAUCUGUAUCCCACGGGAAUAAACGUAACAUACGUAAUGUU